GUAACUUCGGGCAACGGAGUUAGCCGAAGAUAUUGGACCUAGCGUCCCUAAUCGUGCUCACUUCUCUAUCUCUACCUGGACUUCUACUCAGUCCUUUGGGAUAACCCUAGAUUUUACCUAGCUAAGCGAUACUUGCGACUUUGUAGGCAACAUCGUGGGGUAACGAACUAGCAACGAACUAUGGCCGCCGUCCCCGCGUGGACUCUGGAGAACGCGUCAACAAGCAGUGACAGCGCCUCUUCAGAUAGCCAUACCCCAAUGAUCCUUGGGGUGAGUGAAAGAGGUCGAUCAGGUGUCCCAAGAAGGUGGGCUGCGGCAAAUGUGGACCGCAAGCGAUAUCGGGAUUCUCCUUCCGAUGAGGAAGAGGAUGUCACGGUUGAGAAAGAUCUUAGCCAGAGUCGGAGUAAGAUACGUACGAUGAAGUCAAGGAUGAAAGCGAGGAAGACUGUUACUUCCUCGUCACGAAGUCUCAAGCCCCUCACUCCUUCAGAUCGCCCAGUGGAUAGCACGUCUGUACCUGCUGCUCAUGUUGGCGACUAUAACCUUAGCAAGAAGCAAUCGUCGUUUACCCCCAAGAAAAAAUCAAGAGUCACCGCUAGCAACACAACUGCGACUCCAACCAGUAGUGUCUCCGUAGCAUCCGUCACUUUUGAUAUUCAUAAUGAUAUUAAUGUGGAAAUUCCGCCGGCCAUUUAUCAACCAGCCAAAUCAAACCCCCCAUCCACUAAUAAACCCCCAAGUAAUCGCUCCCUUUGCGAACAAGCAUCCAUUCCCACCAAUUCCCCCACCCCUUCUUCUUCCCCUUUGUCUUCCCCUCCUUCCAUCACUACUACCCCCCUUCGACAACAACAACUAGCUGCCUAUUCGCCUUGUCCGGUGACUCCCAUGCAUUCCUUCAUGCCCUCAUUAUCUCAACGAAGUAAUCUUCCUUCAGAGCUCCUUAGCUCGCCCUCUCCCCCUCCUACGGACGAAGCCGUGGCUUCUUUCCUACCUGAAAUCGCUCAACUCAUUUGGGUUAGAAUAUCCAACGAUGGUGAAAUCAGCGAAGAUGGAGAACUGUGGUGGCCUGCUCAGGUAAUCGCGUUAAAACCGGAUCUCAAAGUCAGCCUCUGCGGAUUCCAUUCGACGGGGGAUCGAACGACAUUGAAAAUCACUUCUGCGAUAGCGACGACGUCUCAAGUACUUGUUACGUUAAGUAAUGCCUUAAGAAGGGAUAAAACGCUCAAGGAGUUCUUGCCACCGAAUCAUUUGCGGAAAUAUAGGAAAAAGUUGGAAGGGGCUGUGAAAGAGUGGCUCGACGACGAGGAUUUAUAUUAUCGUAUUUUUGGCGAAGAAGAGGAAACAGGGGAAACAGAAGGGCAAGAGGAGGAUGUGGACGUUGAUAGUGAAGCUGAUGAACUUCAGGAUGAUCCGCUUUAUUUAGAGGAGUGGAAAAAGGCCAUGACGAGGCAUGAGGAGCAGCAUAGGAUGGCAGCAGAGUCGUGGUGAGAUUCGGUUUCAAUCCUCCAACCGUGGGGUACCCUUGUUCUUUACCGACGUGGAGUAUACCGAUCGGACUGGUGGCCUGGUGAAAUUCUCGGUG